AUGGAGAAGUCUAUAUUCGGUUUAGAGCCAAGCGAUGAAUUUAUUAAAGAAGUUUCUGAUUGGAUUUGGAAACACGCAAGGAAUUGUGAACAUAAAGUUGAAGUUGAAGCAAAAAUAGGAAUAUUUGUUGAUCAAACAGGUCAAAGAGCUGAAUUACCCGUUGCAGUUGAGACCAUACUAACAAAUACCGAUGGUCUUAGAUUUAUAUCGGAUAUGACAAUAUCACAACAUAAACAUUAUAAUAAGAUCCUUAACGACAGAACAUCACAAUCCAGUCAGACACCAACUAGAAUACAAUAUGCUCAUAGUAAAGAGUUAGAUUCAUUCUACCCAAUUGGAAAAGGUCAACGUAAAAUAAGAGUGACAAAAGAUUUAAGAACAGAUCAAGUUAAAGAUGUGAUUGAGAAAGUACGAGUUGCUGAUUUAGCGAUUUACUCCCCAAAGAGACUUUUCGAUUGGAGAAUAAGUAUAAACAUGGAAAUACCUCAAACAGUACCACAGAAUCAAAACAUGACUUAUUCAAGAAAGAAAGAUCGCCUUAGUUAUACUCAGCAAGAAAUGCAAGUUGAUCUUACCCAAGUGUUCAGCCCAAACAGUGAAACGCCUUCACACGAGUUAGAAUUAGAAAUGCACAGACCAAAAUUCUUGAUUGAGGAAGGUUUCAAGCGUGAACGCGGUUUACCCAAUAUGUAUGAUGAAUUGAUUAAAGUAUUCGUGAGCAAUGUAAGAUUACUAGUUAGGAAUGGCAUAUAA